AACUCCGGCGAGCGAUGUGGUCCAUGGUUGCGACACCGUGGGAGCCGCGCGGUGGCAACCGCAUACUCUCGACAUCGGCAGCGCGCAGCGAGUGAGCGAGUCGCAACGAAACGCGAGACAGAGGUGUCCGUAUGUAUCUCGUUUGGUGGGUCGCCGUCGGCCAUUGUCUCUGACAUGGAAGCCCAUCAAAAUGGCAGAGGCCGUGCAGAUGUUUUUGUUCCUAUAUAAAUCGAAGUACCGUCGGAAAGAAGGGCAGUGCCGCGAGGUGGUACGCGAUCAGUGCGGUGUAAUUGCGGUGCCGUGGCCGAUACUGUGGGCGGCGCUGAUCUGUUGGGUGGUGCACGUAACCGCGGCCGCCUCCUCCUCCUCGUCGUCGCUAACGACGGAUACGACCUGCGACACGGAGAGUUGCGUCAACGGAGACUGUGUCAAUGGCACCUGCGUGUGCCACGAGGGUUGGCAGGGCACUGCGUGCCAAUUUUGCGGCGGAAAAGUCAGAUUAUCGGAGCCGACGGGUCACAUCCACGACGGUAUCGGGAACUACACGGCGGACGUGAAGUGUUCCUGGCUGAUCGAGAGCAAUCCGAAUUCCACGAUACGCAUGCACGUGGAACAGUUCGCGACAGAAUGUAGGUGGGAUCAUCUGUACAUCUACGACGGUGACAGCGUCGAGGCGCCGCUGCUAGCCGUCUUUUCCGGCCUGAUGCACAAGGACGGUUAUCACAUACGCCGCGUGCCGGAAGUAAUAGCCCGUUCCGGAAGCGCGUUGCUGCACUUCUACUCGGACUUCGCCUACAACAUGAGCGGUUUCAAUAUUACUUACAAGAUCAACGCCUGUUCCAGCAGGUAUUCGCACAUCGACUGUUCCGGCCACGGUGUUUGCAUAGACGGUGUGUGUACGUGCGACGCUACGUGGACCGGCGAGGCCUGCGAGGUCCAGGUCUGCCCCGACAAUUGUUCUCACAGCUACGGACAAGGCGAGUGCAAUCGCGAGAGCCAUCACUGCGACUGCGUCCACGGCUACAAGGGUUCAGACUGCAGCCAGAGGAGCGACCGCGGCUUUUGGGAAACCGUCGCGUACACGGAUUUCUCGCCGGAGGGUUCAGCUAGUCAUUGCUCCAUCGUUUGGAAGGAUUCCCUGUACGUGGUCGGCGGCGAGAGCUUCCACCGCGCUAAGAUGAUAUACGUCUACGAUUACAAUGGGAACGUCUGGGAGACUCCGCAUGUCGAGGGAAAGGUCCCCUUGCCCCGUUACGCUCACUCGUGCGUGCUGUUCGGCGACAAGAUAUUCAUGUACGGAGGCGUUGUACAGAAUUCCACCGUGACGAACGAGAUCUGGGCGUUUGACGUGUCGGCGAAAGUUUGGGAGAAUGUCACCGUGCACGACAACUGCCACAACAACAAAACCAUGUGCGGGCCCUUAAAGGUAACUGGCCAUACCGCGACCCUGGUGCAGAGUCACGGAAAGAAAGAGAAGAUGGUGGUGAUAUUUGGUUAUUCGCCCCAGUAUGGCUACCUGAACGUAGUGCAAGAAUACUACCUGGGCACACGCGAAUGGCAGAUAGUCGAAACGGUUGGUUUCCCCGUGAAAGGUGGCUACGGUCACACGUCCGCCUACGAUCCCCUGACGAAUCUGAUCUACGUGUACAGCGGUUACGUGUCCGAGUCGCAGAGCACGCAGGUGUUGACCAACAGAUUAUACUCUUAUCACCCGAAUUACCGCUUGUGGACGUUACUGACAUCGGCGCCGUCGGCUCGGUUCUUUCACACGGCCGUGUUCGUCUCCGGCGGCCUGAUGAUCGUGUUCGGCGGCAAUAUGCACAACGACACGCAACAUUUGGACGGCACCAGGUGUUAUUCCGCGGACACGAUGGCGUACGACGUUACCUGCGACUCGUGGCACCCGUUCCCAAUGCCUAAAGAGAUGACAGACUUGCCCAGAUACGGGCACACCGCGACCGUGUUCGAGAAAUCGAUGUACAUCUACGGAGGAUUCGACGGCCAGAUGCUGUCCGACAUGCUCAGGUACACACCGGGGAAUUGCGAGCAUCUGACGAAUCAGAACCAAUGUCUGAACGCGAGGAUAGGUGUGAAGUGCGUGUGGGAUAAGCAGGAUAGUCGGUGUUUACAAAUCACCAAGAUACCGACGCACGUGCUCAUGAACGACGACAUGCACGACGGAAUUUACAUGAGAUGCCUGGACGACGCGCCGCCACGCGGUAUGACGUCCCACAAGGAGUUGUGCAAGCUGCUCACGGACUGUGUGGCAUGCGUGCAGACGUCGUACAAUUGCGUCUGGUGCGGUAAAAGCUGCUCGCACGAGAUAUGCCGGGACAAUGCGAAUGCACCACCGACAAAGGCCAUCACGGAUUUGGAACAGUGCGACGCGCAUACCGGCAUCGAGUGUCUGCAAUUGCACACAUGCCACGCGUGCUCCAGCAAUCCACGAUGCAUUUGGUCCUGGUCGAACGGACCUGACCGCUGCAAGCCCCACACGAAAGCUCGUGACGUGAGCACUCAGCAGGUGACCAUUUUAAAUGGGACUAUACAAGCGCAGCGAUUGUCGAUAGACUCGUGUCGCAAUCUGUGCGAGGAGUUCACAUCUUGCAAAAAUUGUACGGAGUCGGAUUGCAUUUGGUGUCAGAACGAGAAGAAGUGUGUGGACAAGACCGCGUAUCCGGCGAGCUUUCCUUAUGGGCAAUGCCGUGAUUGGAUCACGAUCGACGCGAAAUGUCGCGCCACAGAGACGGGAAAGGAAUGGUGUACGUUUUACUCGUCCUGCGCGACGUGUCGAUCGGAUCCCGGAUGUGGAUGGUGCGACGACGGUUCAGGAACCGGAAAGGGACUCUGCCUGCCAGGUGGAGCGCGUGGCCCGAGCAGCAAAAGCUUGGACACGUGCUCCUUUGAGCGAUGGUACUUUACCAAAUGUCCUACUUGUCAAUGCAACGGCCACAGCAAGUGUCUUCCAAAUAGCAGCGUGUGCAUUCAGCCGUGUGGAAAUUUAACUUAUGGACCACACUGCGACAAGUGCAUCCCUGGUUAUUACGGGAGUCCUCUGAACGGAGCAACUUGCCAACCCUGCUUUUGCAAUAACCAAGGCACACAGUGCACAAGCGAGACUGGAAAAUGUUUCUGCACAACGAAAGGCAUCAUAGGGGAUCAUUGUGAGCGUUGCGACGUAUCUAAUCUCUACCACGGAGAUCCUACAAAUAAAGGGUCGUGUUUUUAUGACUUGGCGAUAGAUUAUCAAUUCACAUUCAACUUGAGCAAGAAGGAAGAUCGUCAGUACAGGGCGAUCAACUUUAAAAAUUCCCCGUCAAAACCCGAUAUCGACGCAGAGUUUUCCAUCACCUGUUCCGUUCUCGCGAAAAUGAACGUUACUAUUAAGAGGUCGGACUCUCCAGAAAUACCGCUCCUCCUUGGUGCGAACUGUACGACCAGCAUGUACAAGCACCGUUUCAGCAAGGCUGAUUACAGUUUCGGCAGCGAGGACAACAACACGUUGACCACGUUCUACGUGUACGUGUACGACUUUCAGUCGCCAGUAUGGAUCCAGAUCUCCUUCUCGCAAUACUCGAAACUGAACUUGCAGCAGUUCUUCAUAACGUUUUGCACGUGCUUCCUCGCUCUGCUAUUGGUGGCCGCUGUCCUCUGGAAGAUUAAACAAAAGUAUGACAUGUACAGAAGAAGGCAGAGACUCUUUGUAGAGAUGGAGCAAAUGGCUAACAGACCGUUCAGCCAAGUUUUGGUAGAAAUCGAGAGGCGGGACGUCAGUAAUUCGGAUUCGGAACGAAGCGAUUCCGAGUUAAUCAAUUGCCGCAAAAAGAAAAAGGAUGCUCCCAGUCCGAUCGCAUUGGAGCCCUGUUGCGGCAACAGAGCCGCGGUCCUGUCGUUGCUAGUCAGACUGCCUACUGGCGGUGAACCGUACACGCCGGCCGGCCAGAGUGCUGGCUUAGCAGUAGCGUCUGCGUUAGUUACAUUGGGCAGUCCGCGAAGGUCUUCUCAGGAAUUGACGACGAAGGAGCCGAAGAAAAGUCGAAAAUCUGCCAGUCAGCAUCCAGACUCCACUUGCAUUUAGCGAUAAGAAGGAUAAGAGAAAGGAAUACGUGAACAUAGAGAGAGAGACGUAAUAUAUAAUUUCGUUGUGGGUGACUAUGAGCCUUAGAACAUGUUUCUGUGAUCUUGCCUCCUACGCGAAUUAGCAGGACUGACGAGAGAGGUUGAACCCUUCGAACUCUGAUCGAGUGAAGUGUGAUUUUCUUUUCCGCGACGAAUCUUGGUUUCGUUUCCAUCGCAGCGCGAUCAGUCCGUGAAAAUAUUUCCGUGUUUUCCAAGAAGAAUUUAAUACUCAUGCAUCAUGCUCCCUGGAUCAGUCGAGCGUUUAGUUUGCUCGUUCAUUAGCCGCGUGGGAGUAACAGGAAUCAUUUUCGUUACGCGUCGAUUCAUCGAUGGUGGUAAGUAACGACUUUUUGAACUGUCCGUGUACGACGUUCACUUGGCUGACUUUGAAGCUUUACCCUAUUUCUUUCGUUUCUAUGCGACGAUGUACAGUGUUUGUAUAUAGGUCUGUUCAGACGGUCCUCUUUUCGUUUCCAUUGCGAGGUAGUUCAUUCCGCGAUCGAACUGUCUUCGAAAAGACGGCAAAAAAAGUGAAUGUUUUCUUUUCCUUUUUUUUUUUCUCGUUACACCGUUAAGGGGUCCAUUUAUAACCACGCGACGAGCCGAAAUACUGCUUUACAGUUUUUUCAUUUUUGUUCGAAGACCUAGCUGCAAUCUCGAUUUUUCUCUCCAAAUUAACCCUUUUGCAGAUCAUUGCAGAAGAGUUAAUUUACAGUGUGAAACCUAUACCGAAUUGCAGUAGAAGAAAAGAGACAAGAGACAAAAUAUUAUUUUUCGGUUAUCCGAAACACUUGGAAUUUUUUACUUUCCAAUACUAUAAACGUUGAACAAGGGUUGACGGAGCUCAUUGAAAAUUCGUUAGCAACCUAACCAAACUUGUUCGUACAAGGUUCGUUGAUACAGCAACGAAGUUAGUAUUUUCUAACGACUAUACGAUCGAACAGAGUGAUUCAGCAUUCAGUCAUUGGACAUUGCAUGUACAUAUUAAUGAAUAAUCAGAAAUAAUGAUCAAACAUUAUCAAUACAUACCUCCACAGUAGUUGCUCAUCUCGGCUCGUCUACUCUUCGUCACCUUGGUACAAAUGGACGUUUUUUAUGCGUGUGUGAUAUCCGCCGUGGAUAUGUAACCGUUCCCGCGUUUUUCGGUUACCCAUCGUGGUGUCGCGAAGCUUCCCACAAAUUCGCACGAGAGGUCGCCAAGUAAAGGUUUAGGGGGUUUGGGGAUUGGUCUACGAACGAAAAAUUGGAAAAUUCGAUUUGCCAGUUGCAGUUCGAGGAUAAUACUUUUCAGUGUUUCAUUUUGUAAAACUGUAAAUACUUGUGUUUUGUGUGUCUUCGGAGCGAGAGCGACGAUUCGCGCGGGAAUCAAAAAAAAUGGCGCGGCCGAAAGUGAACUGUACAGAUAAAUUGGUACGAAAGAUGGGAAGAGAGGAAGCGAGUGACAAGGAAUUAUAUCGUUCGUGUAUUCGUCUUCUAGUAAGGUGUAAAGAUUCAAUUCUAAAUUAAACGGAGACGAACAGAGGCGACGUUUAUUUUAGCGAAAACGUUGAUUUUUAAGAGACGAUCUUCAUAUUAGAAUAUAUUGUGCCAAAUCAUUUUUCAUAUUGGUGAUGUCGAAAAGUGGGAGAAAAAUAUCGGAAUUCUAUCAACGGAAGGAUACAGUUGAGAAAAAUUAUGAAUCGGGGAUAUAUAUUGUUUUCGCUGUCUUGUCUCUGUUCAUCUCCACGGAGAAAAAAUAGAGUUCAUCGCACGAUCGAAAAAUCGAUUCGGGAACAGAAGUAAAUUUUUGUAGCAUAAAUUUGUCGUUUCGUGGAAACGUUCCUACGCUUUCGAUCGUGCAGGACUCCGCGUAAUUUUAAUAUAUAACGAGCAUAAAAAAAAAAAACAAGAAGGAUGUGGACGUUGCAAUAAGAUGUAAUAAUCGCGGUACUUCUGUAGUCGACGAUACAACAUUUUUCGUUUCGCUACAAGAUGGCGGUGCUGGUUGUUUCGCGUACCAAGUUUAACUUCGAAGUUGCAUUAUUUGAUUGAUUGAAAAACGACGAUUGUAUGUUAUUAGUAUAUGGCUGUGUAUAUGUUGUUUCGGAUUUGUUUUUUUGGUAUACGAAUUUGUAUUCGCGGUGCGCAAAUAAAUAUCAGCUGCUUCCGUUGUGAAAUUCAAGAUGAUCUCAUGUUUUACUUCCUCUUUUGAAUUUGGAGGCAGCUCUUACGAUUGUAUGUGAAAAGGAAACAAAAAAACGUGUUAUCUAUUUUUUUUUUGUUGCCAGAAAGAAUUUUAAGAUGAACCUCCAGCACUUGCAGAAAAUACAGAAUUGCGGUGAUAGCGUUAUCCAUUUUCUGUUUGACACGAUAACCGAUUAUUUGGCGCCAGGAUCCAUUUACCCACGCUAUUCAAUGUAAUUAGAUUGUGUCCAAAUGCGAAGAGCAAGGGAAGUAAGUACUGUAUUUAUUAUGUAAACAUAAGAUUUUUAUGGAACAUUUUGUCUGUACUGUACGAGUAACUUUUUAAGGUAUCGGGUAUCCAAAUAUUUGGCAAUCUAAUUAUUUUGAGCAGCGCAUAAGACUUGCGUAUGUCACGUGUAUUACUCUAGCUUGUUAAGCUUUUUUUGUUCGCUGAACGCGAGCAAUGCAAAACUGUAUAAGUGUUUUUAAUUAUUGUACAGCACGGAUCGAGUGCAAUGCAUUUUAUUUUACCAUGUAAUACUCAUUGAGUUUCUUUCAUUCUCUCUAUUAUAUCCAGAGUAUUUUUUGUGAGGGUGCAACCAGACAGCGUAGAAUUUAAAUAUGACAAAAGUUACCUUCUAUUCUGAGUCUCGAGAAAGGAGAGUUGUUAUUUAUUCUUAUUAUUUUCUCGCUUAACUCUGGUUGCGUCCGUGUUAAGAGCGCGGUGUACAUUUUAUUACCAGGAAGAUUAAUUUAAUUUUUUAUACAACUAUUUUUUUUUUCUUUUUCUUUCUGUUUUAUUCGAGCAGUGCGAUUUUGUUCUUCGUGCGAGAAUAUAGUUGUAUAUACGAGUAAAUGUUAUGUUAUUUAAAAAUAGGAGUAUUGAAUAUUGCUCAACUUUGAGUAGACUUUUCAUUGCUUUCGAGAAUAGCUUUUUUAAUAAAUUUCUAUAUUUAAAGUCGUGUCGCUUGGACGUGUUUAGUAAAGAAGAAAGUAUCUAACAGGGAAACAGUAGGUUUUACAUAAUCGGAACGAUCCUUAAUUAUUUGUCGCCGUUCUUCGUCCCUGUUCUCUUCUUUUCGUCCGUUGCGUUUGUCUGGCAUAGUGUUUCCCAACCUUUGUGCCUCCCAUUUUGGUGAAUUUUUGACUAUACCCAAAAAAAAAUUCAAAAUUCUCUCUAGAGUGUACACCCAAUCUUGGGAGACACCGGUCUAGCAUUUUGAUACUGCCAAUAUUCAUCGACUGCCACCUAAUUUUUAUGAUCUAUCUUGUCUUCGUAUCCAAACAAUUCGAACGAUCAUUUAAGCCCUUUGUGCCUGAGUUAUCGAUACAGAAAUCAUCAAACACAUAAGCCAAUUAGGUCAAGUACAUUUCAUACACAUGAGCACGUAUUAAACUUUCCCAAGAAUAUUCUCAUAAGAAAGAUUUCUGCUAGGCCAGGCCAGAAAGCUUACAAAGUUUUAUCAGAACUUGGUGCCAAUUAGUAACAUCUUUUAAAGCUCCUAAAUUUUAUUUCAUCGUGCUUCUUUGUCCUAGUUUCGUAUAACUUUGCUCUGCAUUUUCAGGGGACUUUGCCAAAGUAGACUUUGAAUUACUCUUUUUCAUAAGAUUAUCUUCUAUAUCCGAUAAGAUCUUCUCUGUCUGAUUUCGUACAGGUUUGUUAGUUGAAUUUGAUAGAUGGCGUUCUCUUAUAUUUAAUUAGUACUGUGCCAGGCAGCAAGGGGUUGAUCCAUAACCUAUGAAACGGAGUCGCACAUCGUUGUUGUUCAUACACCAUUCGUGUCAGGAUAAUCAGUGAUAGCAGCUCUCGAAUCUCCAUGAUAUACACGAGCUUUUGAAAAGCUUUCGACUUCCUUACGCUGGGAGAUCACUGUGACAGAGAUCCUACCGCGAUUAACCAUGCUCCUUCAAUUCGUCCAGUGAAUUAAUUAGCGAACGAGAGACAUUCAACGUCAUGUAACGGAGGAGAGCGUCCUCGGCCCAAAAAGUCAAACGACACUCAGUCAUAAUCUACAUAAUAGACCAGGUUUUUAGAUCGUUAGUGGUAACGGUAGGCGGUUAGCAUUCGACCUAUAACGUAAUACGGUGUUUCCAAAACGUUUUCGAGUUCUUUUGAUUCGAAAAUAACGAACAGAAUGUCAUAUCCAUUGAAAUCGAGACGCGGUUCGACCGAAUCGUGUGUAAUUACAGCCAAAACAGUCUUACACUCAGAGUUGGGCACAUUUUUAUCUAGAUAACGAAUAAGAUUAACGAACAACGUUUCAUCCGGACAAACUUUCGCUCCGUAAGUUACUAAUAAAGUUUAUUUGCGAUUAAAAUUCGAUUCCCCGUUCGAAUAACGAAUAACGGUUUCAUUCGGGAGUUUAUUGUUCGAGUAAAUGCUUUAUCCGGACGUUCGAUUCGGGUAAAGAUUUAUUCAAAUUGUUCCGUAAAGCCCAACUCUGUUCACGCUUAGGUGUCGAGAGGUAAACAUUUAAGAAAUCUCCGAGCCGAUGCCCGUCGUCGAAUGAAAGAAGUCAGUUUUGCGUUGUUUCCUUUUUAAUUUUUCUUUCUCGGUGGCUAGCAUUCAAAGAUGAUACAGAUUUUUAUUCGUGCUCGCGGGCCAGCCGACCAUAGGCCAGCCACACGUUCGUGAAUACUUAACGUAAUCUGUAAGUAGGUAGGUAUAUUAUACGAUAUAGCUUGCAACAAUUUUUCUAGGACACAAUCGAAAAUAUUUAUUUUUAUUCAAGCGUAAGCGUAAGGUAACUCUUUGAUAAAACACGUUCAACA